CGACUUGGUCAACUGCUGGGUGGGGGGACUGAAGGUGGAUGUUGGUUCUAAAAUGUGACUGUGUGGGGGACUGAAGGUGGAUGUUGGUUCUAAAGUGCUGCUGGGUGGGGGAACUGAAGAUGGAUGUUGGUUCUAAAGUGUUCCUAGGUGGGGGAACUGAAUGUUGAUGAAGGCCUCUCAGUAAAUAAGGUUAACCGGCUGGUAUAUCCUAUUGUAACCGUAAGGUAUAGAAGCUACAGGAAGAUGCUGAUUUGCUGUUCAUCUGUUUGAUAAACGAUCAAGCCCUUAAACUCACCUGACCCAAAUUCUGGCACAAUUAUAGCAAUGGAACAGACAAUAACCUAUGAUUUAGAAAAUAAGUAUAUUGUAUUGUAUGAAUUUUUAUAUGUAUAUUUUGUCUCUUAUUCUGGUUUUUAUUUUUCACUCCAACAGAACUUUGCUGCUCAGUAUGAUCACAACAAAGGCGCUGAUAUUGGUCCCGGCCCCAUGGGAAUGAUGGGAAUGAAAGGCCAACCUGGACUUCCCGGCCCCCCUGGAGAAAGAGUGAUAAUCCCUUGAGUCCGGACUUUGUUCCAUCUCUUUUCAACUACGUUCCAUCUCCAGAGAAGAGGAAAAGAAAAAUGAGACUGGAGGUUUUCAACAGACGACAGGGAGCAAAGCUACAGAAGAUGGAGCAGACAAAGCUAUCUGCGAAAGCCAUCCCUCCCAGAGCAUCAACAGAUUGUCCCCAAGACUGCAACAAGGAUCCUACUGCAGAGCAAAGUCCCACCACAGAGCCUUUGAAGGAAUCUACCCAUGAAGAACCUGGAAACGAUGUCCAGCCUGUUCUCCAUGAGGAGGAUCCAGCAACCCCACCAUGCACCACUGAAACCUGUGGUAAACGCGUCCAAUCUCUUGAGCAAGAAUGCCAAGCUCUGAGGACUGAAAAUAUGUUGUUGAAGGAAAAAAUGAAUAGGACUACACUGAAUGAGAUGAGCUUGCAUAACGAUGAUAAAAGGGUUCAUACUCUCACUGGUUUAUCAGCAUUCUCCAUUCUCAUGACAAUUUUUCAUAUUGUGGCUCCUUUUCUCCAACUUAAAUCUAGUUUAACAUGUUUUCAGCAGUACAUGUUAACUUUAAUUAAGCUUAGAAUGAACUUGUCCUUUGAGUUUUUGGCUUUUUAUUUUGACAUUGACUCAACCACUGUUUCAAAGCUCUUCAAACACUGCAUUAGUGUGAUGCAUUGUAGACUGGUGCCAAGUCUGGUGUUGUGGCCUGACAGAGAAUACUUAAGAAAAUCUCUUCCAUAUGCAUUUCGAAACCGUAGCUUUGAAAAGACAGUUUGCAUUAUAGAUUGUUUUGAAAUAUUUCUAGAGAAACCCAGUAGAUUGCUAGCCAGUGCUCAGUGUUACUCAUCAUACAAAUCACACCACACAAUGAAAUAUUUAAUUGCAAUUUGCCCUCGAGGUUCCAUUUGUUUCAUUUCCGCUGGAUGGGGAGGUCGCACAAGUGAUACGUUUAUCACAGAACAAAGUCACUUUUUAUCUCAUUUGCUCCCAGGGGACGUAGUUUUAGCGGACAGAGGUUGUCUGGUUAAAGAGUCCAUUGAGAGAUGCCAAGCUGAAUUAAAAAUUCCAGCAUUUACUCGUGGAUAGAAGCAGUUAGAUCCUGCUGACUUGGAGAACACCAGACGUCUAGCCUCUCUUAGGAUACAUAUUGAAAGAGUGAUAGGAGUUCUCCGUCAAAAGUACACAGUCUUGCAAAGCACUGUCCCCAUAUGUUUCACGGACAUAGACAGGGAAAAUGAUGUGACCUACCUUGACAAGAUGGUGAGCGUGUGUUGUGCACUUACAAAUGUGUCUGAAUCUGUGGUGUCCUUCCAGUGAUGGGGAUGUACAGUACAUUGAACUGAUGUGACUGGCUACAGAUGUGCUCAACCAGCAAAUAAACCUUUGUGACUCACACUUCUUGCUUGCUUG